AUGUGUGAUGGCCGCGGAAGAAGGGAGAAGAGGGUAGCUACAGCAGAAACAACAAAGUCUUUAUCUCGUCUGUUGAGUCUCGGCGGCGCGCGUAGCACAACAUCAGAACCUCACGACCUUUCUCAACGUGACCUCGAACGCGUUCUCUUGGGAUUGCUCCCACCUACAGAGACCAGGAAGCACCUCUGGAAUAGCUCAGCAUCUUCUCUGUACAUCUUGACGAGUCAAAUGGAGCUCGAGAUCGCUCCACCGUCUUGCUCAGGGAUAGAAAUGGUGUCUCAGAAUUCCUCCAGCCGUGCACGCCUCGAUGCUGCCACCACAAGCGAACUCCUCUCUGCAGUCACUCCAGGAGACAGCAACAUUAUGGGCCUGGGUAUCAGCUUCGACCUUGAGACAUCGCCUGCAACCUCAAAUAAGUCUUUCAAUGACAGCUCUAUGCGCAACAGCAAGGUAAGGGCCAAUAUAUGCCUCACACUGGAGCGAACCGAUUUGACCGCACUCCAGAGCAAAGCCCACUCUACAAAAGCGUCCAACGCUCUCAUCUCGACUUCUAAGGCGUCUUCUUCUGCUGCUGCUGUCCCUUCUCAAAUCAACCAUGGCAGUGUUUCUAUUGCCAUAAAUGGUCCUCCUCGCUGGCCCAGCGGUGUACCUGGCUUGGGCAACACAAUCCUGGGUCCACGCUGUCCUCGCAUCUCCAAUGUAACUUGCCCUCCAAUCAUCACCCUUCGCAACUCACCUAUCCUCUUACCUAACACCACCUCCCAAGUCACCAUCACUCUCGCCUCUCCUCCAGUAAAGCGAAGCAAAGCUACUCGUACGAGUACAAAGCGCAGAGCCAGCUCCCCACCCUCUACUGGACUUUCAGCAAAGAUGGCAAGAGUGUCUGUUGAUUCAGUCCCUGUUAACUCAGUUCCUGGCAGCUCGCCUGUUGUAAAGUAUGACCAGACGGACGAGCAGAGCAUGGUGCCCUGGAGAUGUGGUUCCAGACUUCUUGGUCUUGCUGAGGGUGAGAAGAGGGCUAUGGCAGCUAGGCUCUGGCAGGUUGAGAAGGAGAAGAUUGAGAAGGAGAUGGAGAGGGCUACUUCUCACGAAGGGGUCAAGACACUUUCUGAUGGGAACGGUUCCUCUCUCGGCAAAGAAUGCAGUGUACAGGAAGGGCCACAACUUCUGAAUCCUUGUAUGGUCCUUGAAAGCCGCGCUGAGGUCUUUGCUCUCUCGCCUAAGGUACAGGGGGGCAUUGAGUAUGCUUGCGACACCAUUGAUGACGCUCCUCAGCUCUCCGUCGAUCAUGAAGGAAGCUACAAAGUCAGCAAGCAUCCUGAACAUCUCAACCGGGGCGACAGAGCCGUAAGAAGAAUCGCAAAGCUCCACUCAGCAGCAUCGUACAAACAGCUCUCACAAACAUCUCCACAACCUUCCAUCAAAACUUCAUCCCAAGGCCACACCUUACCCUCAGCCAUCAAGAAGUCUGCUGCCACUUCCACGUCCAGCAACGACAGAAAGCGCGUCUCCUUCGCUGACCAAACCAACCUCGACCACCUAGUCCACGGACUCCUCGCCCUGCUCGAGCCAUACACCCACCUUCACUUCUCCCGCUCUGCAGUUCGUCCCUUGCAAAUCAUUCACGGCUCCCUUCUAUCCAUCCCCGCCAACUCCCAAACCUUGGCGGCCGCACUCGAAGACACUCGAGAGUUGUUGAAAGUGCUGAGCAACCAUCAGAUGGCAACUUUGGAGAAGCUGGAGGGUAUGAAGGAGGAGCUGCAGAGAGUCGGUAUGAGAAGUGUGGUUUUUGAGGCUAGAGAGAGGAUUAUGAGGACAGAUGGGGAUGUCAAGAAGAUUGAGGAAUGGAUGGGGGAGUAUAAGGCCUAG